AUGGAGAUGGACAUGGACCUGGGCUGGUGUCUCACCUGCUCCAAGCGCACUUAUGAUACCCGUAGCCCGUACUGCUCGGAACAGUGCCGCCAGCACGACCACUCGCCGAAAUCUCAACCAAAUGAGAAGCAGACCAUCACGUCACCACUUCCUGCCAAGUUCCUGGCUCUUCCACCUACAUCGGCCAACAUUUCGCGCAACUCAUCAGAUCACAGGCCGAACAGCCGUCGCAGCCGCGGCGACUCUCAACGCCCAGAUAUCAGUACGCCAGCAGGCCCCGGUAAGGUGCUCUCGAACGAGGCUCGGGCGUCUUCCCCCGAUCGUCACCACCAGCAGCGUGACCGCCGUGCCUUCUCGUUCCCCGCGUCAGAUGAGAACGAGCAUCCUACGCUUCCCUUUGUCCGCCAGGCCAAGGCCGUCAAUGGCACACCCAAAUCGUUCAAGAAGCUCCUCAACCUCUCGAGCGACAUGGCUAAGCUGGCACUAUCCACUGGCGCCAACACGCCCAACUUUGAGUCGACGUUUGAUUCGACUUCUGACGGGUCCAUCGACAACGAUGUCCCCACUGUCGGUCGCCGCAACGGUUUCAUGCCGUUCGGGGCCCAUCACGCCCAGACGCUAAUGCCAUCACCUUGGCAACCUUCACCUAUGCGUGUGCAGUCACCGGCGGCUUCGGCGCCUGUACAGAACCGGGCCCCCAUCAACCCGCGCAUUCCCAUCGGCCGUAUGGGGUCGUCGUCUCGGAGUCGAGAAGACAUCAUGAGCUGGGCGCGUGGCGUCGGGGACGCAGAAACGAGCCCCAACUCGGACGGCAAUGAGCCUCGCUCUCAGGCGCACCGCAAUCGUUGUCGCUCUCGUCGUGCGCUGACGCUCGCCAACCUCCCGCCCCCAAGCACCGAGUCACUUGACGAGCCUUCUCACGGGUCUACGCCUAAGGGAUCUGUAGGGGCUCUUGGCGCGCUCCACAUGACGUUCACUCCUGUGGUCAACGUUCUUCGUCGCGUCUCCAUUGCAGCGAUUCCUGCCGCCGACCAGACCCCUACGUCGUCUUCUCUUGGGCUAGCAGUUCCUGCUCCCGCCGAGGUGUCCAUCGUGGACGUCGUCGUGGCGACGCGCGCAGAGGACCGCAACCCCGAGGGUGACACUCCUGCGCUGUCGACAAUGUCGCUCUCCGAGGCCAUCGACCCCUCAACCUCGACCGACAUUGGUGACGCCAUGGAGACUGUCACGGACGACUUUUCAGUUGUCUCGUCCUCUGUCGACCGCCGCACGUCUUUCAGCCCUCGCACUCUUCAAUCCCAGCUCGCUCACGUCGUUCCCAAGCGGCCCACCGCCCCGGCGUUGUCGCAACGCCGCCGCUCGUCAAUGCUUCCCAUCAACCCUGGCACUGCAUUCACGAGUCUAUCGAAUUAUCUCCGGUCUCUCGCACCGUUUGCGAUGCCGGUGACGUCUCUUGUACCGUCGUUCACCAACUCUCAGGGUGAUGUGGUCAACACGGCUGCUAGCACCGAGAUCGAGCGGACUGUUACGGCUACUUGCCCCACACCCGAGCCAAGUCGCCUAGCCUCACCCAUGCCCACGACCAGCCUCCAUGCCAACCUCGACGACGCCAUGGAUGACACGCUGCACGAGCGUGACCUCGUUCGCAGCGUUCCGAUGGACAUUGAUCUCACGCGCAAGGCAGCAAACUUUCGUGAAGAGCGCAAGCGUGAGCGCGAGGAACUUGACCUUCUGAAGCGCGGUGCUGCGGCUCGCCCUCGCUCUCCGCGUCGCGACGACUCGCGAUCGCCGUCGCCUGGGCCUGAUCGCACCUCGGGCCGUCCGCAGUCGUACGAGGACGACGGUGACGAUGAUCGCCGUGGCCGUGGCCGUGGCCGGACUCGCGGUCGUGUACCUACCCCGCCCCAGCCUGACCAGGAGCAUCACCGUGGCCGCCGUCGCGACCGCGUCAACGAGAGUCGCGACCGCAGCUGGAGUCCCGCUCGCGGCCGCCGGCCCUCGCGCAGUCGCUCCGCCCUCAUCGCGGCCUUCGUUGGCGCCGAUUAG